AUGUAGCCUAGACCCAGAGUGCAGAAAUACAACUUGGUACACCCAAAAAAAAGAGAAAAUGAAAACAAUGCCUCCGUCGCAUAGGAUGCAGAUUCCAUUCCAUUCAUGUCGUCCUUACUGUUGUGGUCGGUGGUGUGGUGAACUUGGAGUGUCAAACUGUUUGUCAGUCUGUUGGUCCGUCAAACAGAAGGAUGAACAAAAACUAACAGGAAAGAUGCUUCUGCCGGUCAUCUUCGAUGCCCGAACCCAAUGAUGAGUUUCAGGUGGGUCAUUUAUCAGUAAGUAAACAGCCAGUAGCAUCUACUGCCAUGUGGUGAUGCCUCACAAACAUGUGGCGUGGGCAAUUCCUAUGCUCAAGUUGUUGGUAACCUCCAUGAGAGGCACAUGGAAGCUCUGCAUUUGAAAAGGAAAACUUUUCUUUGCUCGUUCUUGAGUGAUAUCGAGAUUACUUAUUUCCUUUUCUCCCCGAAACAUGGCCAGAUCUCUCUUGGAAUCUCAGUAUCUGCAAUGGAAAUCUGAACUUGGCAUUUGAAAAUUGCAAGACCAAGAACAAUCAUUUUGAACUCCAAGAUGAUUGCAUUUCUAGUUUCAGAUUUCUUCUCAGUUCUUUGUAUCUGAAAGCGUGAAGACAUGCCAUAUGCCAUGUCUGCAUUCUGCUGCAAAGAUCACUGCCUCGCUGCAUCACUUGUCUUGCAUCUUGCCAGCAGCUUCUGCAUGCCUGCCAACACCGAAGUUUUCUGAAAUUAAGUCUGACCCAUCACUUGUCAGGUCCAGGCGCUCCCAAACGGGAAAUUCAAAUGCUGAACCACCGCCGGGAUCUCGAAGCCCAUAACUAAAUCACACGGAUUCCGAGAUAUCGUUGUUCGGUGGGCGGCAGCGCGGGGAUCGUGAGCACAUGGUCACGUUGUCUGAUGGGAGUUAGAUAAUGCCAAGCUGACAGUAGCUGCGACGCAGGCGGCAGGCCCAACUAACUUCUCAUCAAGACCGGUCAAACCCCCCACACAAAGAUGCAUGGCAUGGGCGGCAGCCUCUUCUUCUUCAUCGAACAGCAGCAGGCAGCAGCUGACCCUGCUCGGCUAUAAAAGGAGGCCGCUGCACUUGCUUCCUGUAUACCUGCAGUGCACAAGUGAAGUGACACAGACAAGCAAGUGUACAGGACUAUAUCUUCCUGGUUGUUGCAAGAGUUGAGUUGCGAGAGCACACCAAUGGCGAAGCGGGUGUCGAUCAAACGGAGCUUCAGGCUGCCCUUCAUGUGCGGGCAGUCGGACGUUGCCAGCCCGCGUAGCGCGGCCGUCACGCGGUCGUCCUCAUCGUCGUUCGGUAGGGGUUCCGGGUCUAGCUCCAGCUCCAGCAGUAGGCACUCCGAGCUGCAGCGGAUCUUCCAGCACUUCGACCGGGACAACGACGGCAAGAUCUCCGGCGCCGAGCUGCGCGCCUUCUUCGUGUCCAUGGGCGACGACAUGCCGUCGUCGUGCGGCGACGGCGGCUACAUGCUGGAUUUCGCCGGGUUCGUGGCGCUGAUGGAGAGGGAGGGCGGCCAGGAGGAGGACCUGCGGCGGGCGUUCGAGGUGUUCAACGCCGUGGAGUCCGCGGGCAGGAUCACCGCCAGGGGCCUGCAGAGGGUGCUCGCCCAACUCGGCGACAAACGCUCUGUCGCAGACUGCGAGGCCAUGAUCCGGGCCUACGACGUCGAUGGCGACGGUGGCCUCGAUUUCCACGAGUUCCAGAGGAUGAUGAGCUAACUGAAACCAGCUUAUAUAGUCAGAGUCUUCACUUUCAGUGGGACGAGACCCCCUGCAGUACUGCAGAGGAGGCUCGUCCCACUUUCAGAGCCCUGAAGAAUGGAAGGGUUGUUCAUAAGUCUGCAUCCAGAUGAGCCAAAGCCAAUGCAAGUUGUUACAAGGCAAAGGAGUCAUCUACUUGGAUGACCUGCUUGCCUGAAGCAACUUUGCUGUCUCAUCUUGUGUUGUUUGGUGUGUCACACCAGUGUAUCAGUAAAGUUGCAAUUCAAGCACUGAUAUUUGUUCAGAACUACUUCAAAUUAUCUCUCUUUUUUCCCCAGAAUUUUCACCUGCGUAAGGUAGUGGAUAAAAGAUACUUAUAUAAUUUUACUGCUCAAGUUUAUAUUUUUUCACGCUAAUCUUGAACUUGGAUUCAAAU